AUGGAUAAUAAUAGUGAUAAUAAUAAUAAUAGCAGUAAUAACAACAAUAAUAAUAAUAAUAAUAAAAAUGAAGGAUCAAAAUUUCCAAAACAUAUAUUUUUACCAACAUUUUUAAAUAAAGAUAUGCCAAUUGGAACCUUUUUUGUAACUGCUGGUGUAUUAUCAAUGGUUGGAUUUGCAACAGGUUUAUUAAUUGGUUUUAGAAAGACAGGUGGAAUCAAACAAACUCUUAGAUCAGCACCACCAGGUGUAGUUAUGGCAGCAAGUAAAGCUUUACUCGGUGGUACAGCAAUUUGUGCAGGUUUUACAACUGGUUUAGUUUUCUUUUUAAAACAUCAAUAUAACAUUAAAACAGUAAAAGACUUUGGUGACAUGAUGAGAGGAAAACCAUCAACACCAGAAUUAACCUUAAUUGACGAAAAAACCUAUUUACAACAACAACAACAACAACAAGAAUCAAAUAAUAAUACAGAUUUGGGCGAAGUCGAUAAAGAAACUUUAGAAGCAUUAAGAGCAUUAAAAUAUAUACCAUUCGAUUUCACCAAUCAAGACGACAAAAACAAUAAUACUAACGAUAUUACUCAAAACCAUGAUAUUGUAGAUAUAGGUAUUAACGAUAACAACUCUGACAAAAAAUAA